AUGGCGGAUCAUCUGCAACAGUCCUCGCCCCUUCUUCAAGAGAUCCUAAACUCGUUGUCCAAAUCAGUUGAUCAACCGCAAAGCUCAGAGUCAGAGCUCACCAGCUUCCUCGAUUCAGUCCUAGACGCCGCUCUAUCAGACCCAGACAAUGAAGAUGCAGAAACCAAUGCCUUCCAAGCUCUCACCGAAGUUCACAACUUUAUCUCUUCCCCGUCACUGGACCAGGCGAUCAUGGAUUCAAUCUCAUUUGAGCUGCCAAUGGCAGUUUCCAAGUUUGGUGGUGUCUCUGAGAGAUGCCUGGAGGUUGCUGAGAGCAUUAUUGAUCGCUUUAUAUCACUGUGUAGUCCGCGAGACAUGCUUUCAAUUCUUUGUGAGGCAUUAGCUCCCCCAAUUGAGACAAUCAGGGAUUCUGGUUAUGUUGCGCCUCUUCUAAAUGGGCUUUCAAAAGUGUUUCUUUCCCUUCAGAGGCGUCACUUUGAGCAAGUGAAAGUAGCAGUUCCUAUUAUCGUUAAAGUUUUGAAGGCCAGGUCUUUGGAGUUGGAAGAUGAAGAUCCAGAAUUUAAGAAUUUGUUUGACAGAGCUAUGAGCAUUGCUAAUUCCAUACGUGCAGUUUGUGUAAAGUUGGAAGGUGGAGCAAAUGAUAAGCUUCGUGCGCUACUUGGUCUUUAUGUCUUACAGAUUAUGGCUCUUGUUAGCAUGAAUCACAAAGUUUCAAGUUCUCAGCCCUUUGUAUUGCAACUGUCUAGUUUCUUCCCAUUUUGUGGUUUGACGUAUCUUGGUGUAAUAACUGGAUCUGUUGUUGACAUCAUAUCUAGGACUGUAGUUGGAGAGGAUGAAGAUGAUUAUAUGAGUAAUUUAUCCGAUGUCAAGCAUGGGGCAUCUCUUUCAGUGAUCUGGGGCCAUGCCUCUGAUGAGGUUGUUAGAGCUGCUGAGGAGGAUUUGGCUUCUGUCAGGGAUGAACUUAAGAAUAACCAGACUGAAAGGUGGCAAGCUGUUGGCAUGCUAAAGAACAUACUAGCUCCUGUCACUCUGCCAUGGGAACUUAAAAAACAUGCCAUCAACUUCUUGCUCUGCAUUACAGAUGGAAAUAUCCCCCACUAUGAUGAACAUGAUGACUUCUCAUCUUAUAUGUCUAGCAUUUUUGCUGCUCUGCAGGCUGUGCAAAUGGUCAUCAUAUAUGCAUCAGAUACAGUGCUCCGGAAGGAUGCCUUUGAAGCAUUCAAAAGGAUUCUUGCUGAUAUUCCAACUUCUCAGAGGUUUGACAUUUUAAAGGCUUUGAUCACAAAAAGUGAUUCUUCCUCUAUGAUUGCAAUUCUUUUAGAUAUUGUUAAAGGGGAAAUGCACAAGGAAAGUCGCCAUAGACUAGGAAAUGACGAAGUUCUGCAAGCACAGUAUAAAUCACAUCCAGUGCUUUGGACUCCCAAUGUCCUUGCAUUGGUGGAGAUGAUUCUAAGACCCCCGGAGGGGGGACCUCCAUCCUUUCCCAAGGAUAGUGAUGCGGUUCUGUCUGCACUCAACCUGUACAGAUUUGUAUUAAUAACAGAAUCAACAGGAAAAACUAACUACACCGGAGCGGUGUCCAGAAGCAAUUUACAGAGAGCCUAUAACGAGUGGCUUCUACCUCUACGUACUGUGGUCACAGCCAUAAUGGCAGAGAACAAGAAUGAUUGUGGUCUUUCCCUUGACGCGUUUUGUACUUUAAACCCAAUUGAAUUAGUUUUGUACCGCUGUAUUGAGCUUGUUGAAGAUCAGCUCAAACAACACUCUGCAUAA